AUGUCAUACACCAUUACGGCAAGUUCAUUAAAUAAAAAUCGGUCGACGACGGCUAAUGCCGAUGAACUUUUCGUCAAACAUAGUAUUCCCGAGUUACGAACCUAUGAAAAAAAAACAAGAUUUGAUAUCGAAAAGAAAAAACAAGAAUUAAGAUUGAUGGUUGGUGAAAGAUAUCGAGAUUUGAUUGAUGCGGCUGAUAGCAUCGUAAACAUGCGUCAAUGUGCUUUGUCAAUUCAAAAAGAAUUGCAUCACAUGCAAGAUUCUAGUAAUGUUGAUGCAUUGAAACAUAACGGUAGAAUCCAGAUUAAUGAAGAUAAAAAAGGAACAAAAGAUGAAAAUAAACAUCAUUUAUAUUCCUAUGCUGCACAAAUAAAAUUACUUGUAGAUGUUCCAGAACAAAUUUGGAGAUCAUUAGAAAGUCAUAAAUAUCUUAAUGCUAGUCGUUUAUAUUUAAUUGCAAAAUUAGUUUAUAAAAAUCUUCAAGCUUAUAAUGAAGAAUCACCAUUUGAUGUGUCAGUAACUUUUCCAGUAGUUCAACGUCAAUGGGAUGCCGUUAGUCACUUCAAAACUCAAAUUCUUCAAAAAGCUACUCAAUAUUUAAAAAGUUUAGCUGAAACAUUAUGUGCUAUCAUGUUAUUGGAUGACUUAACUAAAAGAGAUGUAUUUCAAAUUUGUUUAGAAUCAAGAACUUUAGUGUUAACAAAACUUUUGGAAAAAUCAAUUAAUUCAGAUAUAAAAUUAUUAACAGAAAAAUUUAAAGAAAUGAUUAAUUUAAUUAGAAGUAUAAUUUAUCAUGUUGGAAUGGUAUUUAUGAAAAUAGGUGAUAAUAAUGAUGAUGGUGAAAGAUCUUUAAUUGAAUUUUAUCUUUAUCAAUUACAACAAGGUUUCACCGUUCAUCAAGAAGAUCAUCCUUCUAUAAUAAUGUCUUCACCUCGAGAUUCUAAAGUUUCACUUACCCGCCUUUACUCACCAUCAAAUAAUAUUCAUUUACUUAUUCGUUACCUUCCUGAAUCGAUUCAAACUUUUACUCCUUUUUUAAAUUUAUCGGGUACUCGUGGUAAUUUUUCUCAAGAAGAUAUUAUUAUCAAAAUGAAUCUAUGGUUGGAAAAUAUUACAAAAGAAUUUCAAGAAAAACUUGAGAAUUUAUUGUUAAAUGUGUGUAAUCUUGUUUUCGGAAAACCAUUUUCUAUUUGGAAUGAUUUAUUAAGAUGUGGUUUUAAUAAAAGAUUUCAAGAUAUCAUAUCAAUAUCUUUUGAAGAAUUAUCAAAACAACCUUCCACCUUGAUAAAACAGAGAUUGAAUACUUUGGAUGAUCCUAAUAACGAAGCUAAACGUUUACUCAUUGGUCGAAUUGCAAAUGCAAUUGCAUAUGAGACAAUUAAUCACCAAAGACAUGAGAAAUUUGAUGAUCCACGUUUAAUUAAUUUACGUGAAAUUUUUAUGCAAGUAUAUUUUAUGGCAUAUAAGCCAUGGAUUCAACAUGUGAAAAAUAAUGCAAGAAUUACGAUAACUAAUAUAUUAUCAAGUUCUUCUUGGGAUGAACAAACAUUAGUAUGGGAAGAAGUGACAAUACAGGAAUCAACGGAAGGCGUAGAAGCUGAAAAAAUCAAAUUACCUUCUCAACCAUCUAGUUCAAUAAUGAAAUUUUUAUUCAAUAUUUGCCGAGAAAUUAAUAUUGUUGGCAGUCCAACUUUACAUGAGGCCAUUAUUAAAGAUCUUGUAAAACAAAUUUAUAUAACAAUUUUUGAUCUUUAUAAUAAUCUCACAUCAAAUGAAGAACAAUUUUCUAAAAUAUCGGAAAAAGGAGCUAUUCAAGUUUUAUAUGAUAUUAAAUUUUUAAGAAAAGUAUUUGAAUCUUGUUGGUCAUUAGGACCUGAUCUUAUUGAUGAAAAUGAUAUAAAAGAACAUCAACAAAGAGAACAAAUGAUAAAUCAAUUUAUUAAAGUAAUUAGACAAAAGAUUGAUCCUAUUGAUUUAACAAUUUUCGAACCUUUUCUUAACAAAAAUGUUGAAAGACAUUACACGCGUAGUUCUAUUAUGUUGGGAUUAUUAUUUCAGUUAAAUCCAAAAGUAACAGAUAUGCGUCGUAAAGGUGUUUCAUUACAAGAUUAUCAUAACAUCAUGGUAAUUGCACCUCAAUCAACUAGAUUUACGUUAUUACCUAUCCGUCAUAAAUUAGGUCAAAGGAAUAAAGGUUUAAUAGUUUAA